AUGACAAAAAGUUUCAACCAGGCUCGGCUAUCUUCUUCUUGGCGAAUAUUAUUGGCGUUUGUAAUUGUUGGUUCUUGUUCUUCGCCAUCACCGGAAUUUGACACUAUUCCCGAGGAGUUCACUAUAUCGAUGGAACCAGGAAUGGCUUCUUCACCCACUCCCAACUCCCUCAAUGUUGAUGCAAUCGAGGUGACACGAGGAAAUCGUAGCUACAGAAAACAGGAAGCCCAAGAUGAUGGGAAGAGUAAAGAAGGGUGGAAAACUGCAAUCAUCUUGCUAGCGAAUCAAGCACUAGCUACACUAGCUUUCUUUGGAGUUGGAGUGAACUUGGUUCUGUUUCUAACUAGAGUCCUUGGUCAAGACAGUGCCGAGGCUGCUAAUAGUGUGAGCAAGUGGACGGGAACAGUUUACAUAUUCUCACUGAUUGGAGCAUUCCUUAGUGAUUCUUACUGGGGUCGAUAUUUAACAUGCGCAGUCUUUCAGCUCUUUUUUGUUGUGGGCUUGGGGUUGUUGUCGUUUACAUCUUGGCGAUUCUUGAUAAAGCCACCAGGUUGUGGUGAUGAAGAAACACAAUGUGUGGAACCAUCCUCAGUGGGCAUUGGUUUUUUCUACAUGUCCAUAUAUCUAGUGGCAUUUGGAUAUGGAGGGCAUCAACCCACGUUAGCAACCUUCGGUGCAGAUCAAUUUGAUGAGAAGAAUCCUAAACAGAAGAACUCAAGAGAAGCUUUCUUUUGUUAUUUUUACUUUGCCCUCAAUGUUGGAUCUCUGUUCUCCAAUACUAUAUUAGUCUAUUGUGAGGAUUCAGGGAUGUGGACAAUAGGUUUCUCUGUGUCAUUGGCUUCUGCUGUUAUCGCCUUACUUUUAUUCUUCUCAGGAUAUCGCAAAUAUAGAUACGUAAAGGCAUGUGGGAACCCUGUGGGAAGGGUAGCUCAGGUAUUUGUGGCUACUGCUAGGAAGUGGAAGGUUCAUCCAGCCAAGGAAGAACAACUUUAUGAGGUUGAUGGUCCAGAAUCUGCCAUAAGAGGGAGUAGAAAGAUUCUCCACAGCCAUGAUUUUGGAUUCAUGGACAAGGCAGCAACAAUAACAGAGAAAGAUGCAAAUGGUCCUAAGAAUCCUUGGCGGCUCUGCACAGUAACUCAAGUUGAGGAAGCAAAAUGCGUGUUGAGAAUGUUACCGGUUUGGCUAUGUACUAUCAUUUACUCUGUUGUAUUUACACAAAUGGCUUCACUUUUUGUGGAGCAAGGGGAUGUCAUGAACUCUAAGAUAGGAAAUUUUCAUUUACCAGCAGCUAGCAUGUCAGUGUUUGAUAUCUGCAGUGUCCUUUUAUGCACAGGAAUUUAUCGCCAAAUCCUUGUUCCAUUAGCUGGAAAAUUAAGUGGUAAUCCUAAGGGACUAAGUGAGCUUCAAAGAAUGGGAAUUGGCCUAAUAAUUGGAAUGUUAGCAAUGAUUGCAGCUGGUGCCACAGAGUUUGAAAGGCUCAAACAUGUUAAGCCUGGGGAGAAGGCUAGUUCUUUGACUAUAUUUUGCCAAAUCCCACAGUAUGUUUUGGUUGGUGCUUCAGAAGUAUUCAUGUAUGUGGGUCAAUUGGAGUUCUUUAAUGGGCAAGCCCCAGAUGGCAUAAAGAGCUUUGGGAGCUCACUUUGCAUGGCUUCAAUAUCUCUUGGAAACUAUGUAAGUAGCAUGUUGAUUUACAUGGUCAUGGAAAUCACUGCAAGAGGCGAGAAGCCAGGGUGGAUUCCGAAUAACUUGAAUGUGGGCCACAUGGAUAGGUUUUUCUUCCUCCUUGCAGUUCUAACUGCAUUUGACUUUGUGCUCUACUUAUUCUGUGCUCGGUGGUACAAGAGCAUCAACCUUCAAGUCAGUGAGGAAGAAAAUGAUAUGGAAAGCCUAGAGGAUGAUGAAGUGAUUAGUAAAGUUUGA